ACAACUGAGCCAAUGUGCACCGCGGCGAUCCGUCCUACCGACUGCGGUGCCUGGCAACAGAAAAAGACGUGAUGACGUCCUCUCCAGAUUGCGUAUUAUGGGAUGUGCGGAAUUAAACAACCCGAAGAGGACACGGGGGAAGCCAAAAAUAAUAAAAGAGGCAGAAAUAAUCGGAAUCAUGGAGCUGUCUGCUGUUGGCGAGAGCGUCUUCGCAGCAGAGUCCAUCAUUAAACGGAGGAUCAGACGGGGUCGCUGGGAAUAUCUGGUGAAAUGGAAGGGCUGGUCUCAGAAGUACAGCACCUGGGAGCCCGAGGAGAACAUUCUGGACGCGCGGCUCUUCGCUGCCUUCGAGGAGAGGGAGCGCGAAAGAGAGCUGUUUGGACCGAAGAAGAGGGGACCCAAACCUGAGACUUUUCUCCUAAAGGCCAAAGCCAAAGCCAAAGAAAAGACGUAUGAUUUCAGAGGAGAGGCCUCCAGAGGGAUCCAGGUUUCCUAUCCCAUCCCGGAGCCUGUCAUAACACCGAGGGCCCGGGAAGGUUUACGUGCAGUGGUUCCUACGAUCUUCCCCCCAAGCGCGAUAAACCGAGGGGAAAGCGUGCACGUGCGGCUACCGGAGCCGGAGAGGAGGCCCAGACCUCCUCCCCCUCCUCCUCUUACAUCCCAGGAACCCGGCAGGAUCCCUAAAAAGAGAGGGCGCAAACCGAAGCUGCGUUUACACUACGAUGAUGAUGAUGAUGAUGAAGGCGCACUAGAGGAGCCUGAGGUCAAACGGAGCAGGCCUGUGGAGGAGCGGGCUUUCUCCAAAGUGUCCCGGAGUUUACAUCACCAUCACCACCGAGGGGAGACGUCAGACCACAGCCUCAUCCAGCUGACCAAGAGGUUCCAAAAGGAGACCACGAUCACGCCCAAAUCCAGCAGCGAGCAGAGGCACGCGGGACUGUCUUACAGCUGUGCCUUCAGCCCGGAUCGGAAGGCGCACAGGACUACUUUUUUGUCAGUUCCUCCGCCCAAAACGCUGAAACACUCCGCCGUACAGAAGGCGAGGGGGUCACAGCCUGGCGCCAUCUCCAGCAGCCACGAUCCGUCCACGCGCUCCGCCGCGUCCUGGACCCCGAGUUUCUCUAACCUGGACACUGUGACGGUGACAGACGUGACCAUGAACUUCCUGACGGUGACGGUGAGAGAGUGCAGCACAGACAAAGGCUUCUUUAAGGGGAAGAGAUGAGCGCGCGACGGAGGACUGGCAUAAACGUCACUGUACGUUGUUUCAGUUUCAACAAUGAGUGAACUAGCUGUAUGGAUUAUUCUCAGGGCUGGGAUUUCACUUUAAAGGCUCAACAAGUUAUGUCCUCUGAAAAGGGUCAAACCACCUUCAUUUGUCUAAUUUAUUCAAAAUAAGAGAUUUCCCUUAGGAGUUCUAGCAGCCCAGAGACCUUUAAAGCUCUCUCUAAGCUGCAUCUGUGCACAGAAUUUAAAAAAAAAAUGUAGGACAAAGUGAAAGGAGGGGGCUUGACUUUGAAAAUGGUUAGACAGCACCAUUAUGGCAAUUUCUUGCACCCUUGCUGGAAACCUCUUCAACAGUUUUUUUUAAUCUUUUUUGUCCAAAGCACACCAAAGAUCAAGCCAAAAUCUGAUGGCACACCACAUCUCUAUCCACCUUUAAACAUGGCACAAUAACUAAAGCUACUUCAUAGUUUUGAUAAAGAGUGUGUGGUUGUACAGAUUCCCAUGGAACACCAAGAUGCUGCUCUGAAACAUCCAAACUCUCACCAGGCCGGAUGCACGAGCAACAUGUCAUGAUUGUUUGGAGCAUGCUGUGCUCAUUCUGUCCACAGGUUUUGCCAUAUGUGAUAAAUUGAGCACACCCUCCCUUUAUUUACAGCACAGCAUGUGCUCUGCCAAAACAGCUCUCACUUUCAUUUAAGUGAGGAGCAGAGGGAGUCACAAAAAAUAGGAAAGCUAAAGAGGAUGAAAGAAAGGCAGCUAUUGGUUUAUGAGAUAGUGAAACAACCUCAAUCAUAUGGAACCACUCUGGUUCAACACUUUUACUACACUAAAAGUUUUACAUCAAAUUGGGAUGAUUUUGACUCAUUUUGCAAAUUGGAUAUGAAUUAUUGUACUGAAGGGAGUGAUCAUUUUUAUGUCAUGUUUAAUCAGAAAAAUGUACAAAAGUGAAGAAUGCAGGAUUUUCUGUAGACUACUCUAAAAAUGGCGCUUGAAUGAUUGCAUGAUAUGUAAUGCAUAAUAUCUCUGCUGCAAAAAAGUUUUAAAGCGGUACUUCAGCACAAAUUUCAGAUUUAAAAAUUGCACCUUCUGCCAUUUAAAAAUGCAAUUUAAUCUAAUUUUUGAUUAAUUGCCCAGCCCUAAUAUAUGCAUGGGCCUGGAUGGCCUAGUGGUUAUGUGGCACCACGUGUAUGUGGGCCGCCCAGGGUCGUCUGGCCCAUGGCUCUUUUACUCCACACUCUCCUCUGUUUCCUGCUCUAUCCACUGCCCUUUCUCUCUGAAAUAAAGGUGAAAAACACCCACAAAAAUACCGCUUAAAAAAAAGUGGUAUAUAGGGAUGCACAAUAUCAUCAGUUUGAUAUCAGUACAGGUAGAUUUGAAAAUAUCUGCAGCUAUUUCCAACCAGUAUAUGCUGAUAUUUUCUAGAAUUAAAACUAUCAAAACUUCAAUCUUGUGCAUCCCUAGCUAAUAACUGUAAUUUCAACAGGGGCAGAGCCAAACAAGUUAAAUAUUGGGGGCUUCUCAAGCAGUUAUAUGCACCAAUAUCAAGUCAUUUAAAAUGCAAAUUUAGAUUAAAAAUGCCAACAAAUCUCAACAUUAGCGGGGCAAGAAUGAUGCAGUUAUACAGAAUAAAACACCCUCUAGAGCCAACACCAUUUUUGAUAUCCUAUUGAUUGUUGGGUGUUUAUUUUUUUAAAUACUAAACAGGAAGAGAUUUAAGAAUAUAGGUUUAUAAGUGGCACUACUGGUUUUAAACAAAAAGAAAAUUAAAAGCACAAUGUAUGGUUUUGGAUCUUUGAAAAUCGAGAAACUUUUAUAUUUAGCACAAUUGUAAUGGCACUUCUGGUGCUAAAACUUAUCAAAGGGGGCUGGUUUAGUCAUUUUGGCUACCAGAAGGAAGUUUCCAUGUUGUGAUCUGCAGGAUUCACGUGUUUAUCAUCAUCUAUUUUUUAUUUAUCUAUCAUAAUAACUGCAUAAACCAUUUGGGGCCUUUGUGAAACAUCUGAGGCUUAAGCCCUGUUGCUGCACCCCCCCCAGCUCCACCUCUGCAUUUUUACAUUAAAUUAAAUUAAUGUAAUAUGAUUCCAGUCAAAAUCAAGCAGCCUUGUUUCAGGGUACAGAAGCCCAACUUACCCUCAAGAUAAUACCAACUUUUCCUAUCAGAAACAGUGUUAGUUAACAUCUGGCAUGUCAUUGUUCUGAAACAUGGUGUAAUUAUGAGGGUUGAAGAGGUUUAAUUCCCUGAACUAUCAUCAUGCUCAUUAGAGAGCUCAGAAAACUGGGAAUCAUUCACACAACCAGUUCACUCAUGAUGAAGCUGAGACUCUGAGCUCUGUCUACAGCAUACAUUUAUAACAAGAAACUAACAAACACGUCUGUAAUACUUUAUUUUUUCUAUGUUACUUCCAAACAUGUACAGAUACAGUAUAUACAACGCUGCUGACUAAUUAAACAUGACAUGUGACUUUAA